CUCUGUCAGUCGUCCUCCCUAAAUCCCACCUUCCAGCUCCCUCGUCCCCCUGCGCCCUCCUGGAGCUCACACAAACCUUCUCACUUAAGAGAUGCUAUCGCUUCUCUGCCAUUCCCUGCUGCUCAUCCUUGUUCAACAGUGCCUCAGCAGGGCUCAGAACAAUGGGCAGCUGGCCGCUAGAGAUGGGCGAGCUGCUGCUGAGAGGCGGCAGUUCUGCCAAUGGCCCUGCAAGUGUCAGCCAAGACCCUACUGUGCCCCGGGGGUGAGCUCAGUCCUGGACGGAUGUGGCUGCUGCAAGAGCUGCGCCCGGCAGAUCGGACAGUCGUGCAACGAGAGGGACGUCUGUGACCCGCACAAGGGCAUGUACUGCGACUUCUCCGCAGACAAGCCGAGGUUCGAGGUCGGAGUGUGUGCGUACUUGAUGGCCGUGGGCUGUGACCUGAAUGGGGCCCACUAUGAGAACGGAGAAGGUUUCCAGCCCAGCCCCCUCUAUAAGUGCACAUGUAUCGCUGGGGCCAUCGGCUGCACCCCUGCUUUCAUUCAGAAGCCUGCUGGUCUCUUAGGCCCCGCCCCGCUGAUGGGCAACAUGCCAGCCGGCCUCCGCAGUGGCCAGAGCCCAAAGAAGCACCAGCAGGACACCACCUACAUGUCAGCUUACAGGGAUCCUCCUUUAGCCUGGAAGAAGAACUGUCUGGUCCAGACCACCCCCUGGAGCCCCUGCUCCAAAACCUGCGGCCUGGGGAUCUCGGUGCGCGUCAACAACGACAACGGCAAGUGUGAGAUGAGGAAAGACCGCCGACUGUGCCUGCUGCGCCCGUGUCAGAAGAGCGUGAUCAAGAGUAUCAAGAUGCCGAAGGGGAAAACAUGCAGGGCUAAAUUCCAAGCGAAGAAAGCGGAGAAGCUGACCCUCUCGGGCUGCACCAGCACCAAGAAGUUUAAACCCACGUACUGCGGCGUGUGUACAGACAAGCGCUGCUGUGUGCCCAACAAGUCGCGCAUGAUCAAGGUCAACUUCACGUGCAAGGGAGGCUCCAACACGCAGUGGAAGAUGCAGUGGGUGACGUCCUGCGUGUGCCAGAGGAAGUGCAACGACCCGGGCGACAUGUUUUCUGAGCUGCGAUUACUCUAAGGGAAGUCCAGAGACACAGACGCAGGAGACGAGACCCCCCCCCCCCCCCCCCCCCGGUGUCAGACUGAGGAACAAACACACACACAUGAUUAGGUUCAAAAAGAGUCAUCUUUAGAAGGAUCAAUUUCUUUAAAAAAAUACACAAAAAAACACACAACACUGCAAGACGGACAAAACCUAAGGAAGAAUGACUUCGAUCAUUAAAGGGACACUGUGAUAUUUUGUGUCAUUUGGAGAUCAAAGUGAUGUGUAGGUAUAUAAAGGUUUGGAAUUGCACAAGGUAAUGUUUGUUAAACAGUAAUGUAAGGGCUGCAGUGUGAUCACGGGGGGGAAAGUUGAGGCGGCAGUGGAAAACCAACUCCCACAUCCUGCGAGGCAAAAGUACCAAUUAUGUCGAGAGAAUCUCAGGACAAAAACAACUUUCUCUGAAGAAAACCUUUAUGUAAUGUUGCUAAAACACUUAUUACAACAAUUUGAAACUGGCUCUGUUAAAGGCAGGGUUG